CUGGUCGUACCUGACAGGGAUUACCACCUUCCCCCACCAUAAAUGCUCCUCGUUAAUUCUUCAACCUUCUAAACUUACAACACCUUAACACCGACCAAGAAUACCAAGAGUACCGUCAGCAUCACUUGCUAGUAAAAAUGGCCGGGCCCGUAGAGAUUCGGUCGUCCGCGCAGUUUAGCGAAUUGCUGAAGAGCUCGCGUAUUGUGGUGGCAGAUUUCUACGCAACGUGGUGUGGACCAUGCAACCAAAUCGCUCCUUUCUACGAGCAGCUCUCGAGACAACUCUCGCGCCCUAAAGUGGCCACAUUUGCCAAGGUCAACGUCGAGGCUGACGGCGCCAAAGCCGUCGCGACCGAAUAUGCCGUCUCAUCGCUUCCUACCUUCAUCAUCUUUCGAGAUGGCUCCGUUGUGGAUAAAGUAAAGGGCGCCGAUCCGAAGAAGCUUCAAACCGUCAUUGAGAAGCUAAGUGGUGAUAUCGAAAACGCAUCUCAAGGAGGUGGCAGCUCUAGUGGCAUAUCAUGGAAGGGAGCCGACCUACCUCGAGGUUACACCGACGUCUCGGAUAGCAUCGACGUACGUGGACUGGAACUUUUGAAUGCAGAUGAAUCUCACUUCUCUGUUCGAAACCUCUUCAACAAAAAUAAGCCUUCGGCACUAUCUAAGGAUGCGGCUACAGGUGAUGAAAAGGACUGGGUAGAGAGUGAUACCGAUGAGCAGCUUUUGCUCUUCACACCUUUCAACUCGGCCAUCAAGCUUCACACUAUACAGAUUACUUCUCUACCUCCCACGGGCGAUGAUGACGACGAUGACGUUCCAAUGAGACCAAAGACGCUCAAACUCUUCACGAACCGACCACAUAACCUGGGUUUUGACGAAGCCGAUGACAUUAACCCAACCCAGACAAUUGAGAUCGGCGAGAACGACUGGAACGACAACGGCACCGCGAACCUAGGCUUACGAUUUGUCCGAUUCCAGAAUGUCACGAGCCUCGUGAUCUUCGUUGUUGACGGUGAUGGUGACGGUGACAAGGUUCGAGUGGACCGAAUAAGAUUUAUUGGUGAGUCUGGUGAGAAAAGAGAAAUGGGCAAGCUUGAGAAGAUUGGCGACGAACCUUGAGAAUAAUUCUAUUACGAAAGAAAAUCUUAUUCAUAUAGGCAAGCGUCAAUCAGUUAUGAUCAUGGAUGAGAACAACGAAUGGAAUGCGGUUAUAGACUCGGGAUACCUUGGGACCGCAUCUAUAUAGAUGAGAUCAAUUGAUGGCUGCAAUGCUUUUAGUAGUGAAUGCGUUUCCAUUGUUAACAGCUACAAUAGUAGCAU